CACACAAAAAUAACGAUAAUUUUGAUGCUUUAAUUUUUUUUUUGCACCUUUUUGUUUUACCACGUGCGAGAAAGUACACAAUUCAUUCGCAAUUAAAACCCACUUCGUUUUUGGUGGAUAUUAUUAAUUUGAAUAAACAGAUUGAAAUAAUACUUAAUGGGGCGUAAGGCAAAUUUUUCUGAAAAACCUAAAAGAGGGCCAGGAAGAAAGGCGAAAAAACAAGGACCUCCUAAGUUAAUUAAAGCUUUUAAAGCUGCAGCACCAGAUGGAGCCGAAAAAAAAUUGUCCCGACAUCAAAAACAAAGAUUGGCAAAACGUUUAGCAAAACAAGCGGAAAAAUCGAAAGAAAAAGCAAAUCAAAUUGCACAGAAAAAGGAGGAUCAAAAUGAAAAUUCGGCCCAAAGGGAAAUAAAAGGUUUCUCUGACGAAAAUAAAAGUUGGCUGAAACCAAAAAUCAAAACAAAAGCGAAAUCAUAUACAAGUGACGGUGAAUCCGAAGAAGAUCUUAUUUCAAGUGACAAAGAUGUGGCAAGCUUUGAUUCGGACGAUAAUCAAAACGACGGAUCAGGAGAUAAAAACACAACUAAAUUAUUUGACGAAGAUGAUGCAGAAUCAGAUGAUGAUAAUUUUAAAGUCGGAAAAUUAGAAGAUUUUUCUGGAGAAGAGUCGGAUGAAUUAUAUGAAAAUGAUUUAAAAGGAGAUAAAGAAGAUAGCAAUGAUGACGAUUUUGAAGAAGAGGAUGGCAGUGAUAAAAAUGACAGCGAUGAUGAUUAUGACAAUGAUGAAAAAUUGCCAAUAGAAAAGGCUAAUCAAAAACUCAAGAAACACAUAGAAAAACAAUCUAAACUAGCAGAUGCCGAAAUGCAAAUGUCCAUUGACAGACAAGAAGUAUUUAAUUUUCCUGAUGAAGAAGACGAGGAUGAUCAACAACUGACAAUACAGGAAGUUCAACAAAGGAUAAAAGAUGUUUGUUUAGUUUUAUCUGAUUUUAAAAAGUACCGACAAGAAAAUAGAUCUCGACAAGAAUACUUGGACUUGCUUAAACAAGAUUUAUGUACAUAUUACAGUUAUAAUGAAUUUCUUAUGAGUAAAUUAAUGGAAACAUUUUCCUUAAAUGAAUUAAUGGAGUAUCUGGAAGCAUCCGAGGUUCCGAGACCGUUAACUAUUCGGACAAAUAGUUUAAAAACAAGAAGACGUGAUUUAGCUGGAGCUCUAAUUAAUAGGGGUGUUAAUUUGGAUCCCCUUGGGAAAUGGACUAAUGUUGGUUUGGUUGUUUAUAACUCUUCUGUACCAAUAGGUGCUACACCGGAAUAUUUAGCGGGUCAUUACAUGAUUCAAGGUGCUUCAAGUAUGAUACCAGUUAUGGCAUUAGCACCACAAGAAAAUGAGAGAAUUUUAGAUUUGUGCGCAGCUCCAGGAGGUAAAAGCUCACAUAUUGCCGCAAUAAUGAAGAAUACCGGAGUUCUUUUCGCAAAUGAUGCAAAUCCAGAUCGAGUAAAAGCAGUUGUAGCAAAUUUUCAUCGUUUAGGUGUUGUUAAUUCUGUAGUAAGCACUGUAGAUGGUUGCAAUUUUAAACAAAUUAUGACAGGUUUUGACAGGGUUUUGGUUGAUGCACCUUGUACCGGAACCGGGGUUGUUUCUAAAGAUCCAAGUGUUAAAUCAUCGAAGUCCGAAGUAGAUGUACAAAAAUGUUAUAAUUUACAAAGAAGACUAUUAUUAAACGCGAUAGAUUGUUUAGAUGCGAAAUCUGCUACGGGUGGUUAUUUAGUCUAUUCAACCUGCUCAGUUUUACCAGAAGAAAAUGAAUGGGUUAUAGAUUAUGCAUUAAAAAAAAGAAAUGUAAAAGUUGUUCCAACUGGAAUUGAUUUCGGAACAGAAGGUUUCACUAAAUAUAGACAGCAUCGUUAUCAUCCUAGUUUGAAUUUAACUAGGCGCUAUUAUCCACAUACCCAUAAUAUGGAUGGAUUUUUCGUUGCUAAACUUAAAAAAUUUUCAAAUAGCAUUCCAAUCAGUAAAGAUGAAGUUGAAGAUAAUAUUGAAGAAGAAAGUACUUCUCAGAAUGGUAAUGAAUUAAAUGGAAAUUUAAAUGGUAAUGAAAUAGAAAAUAAUGUGGGUAACAGUAAAAAAGCUGAAAAAAGAGCUGGAAAACCUAUUUUGAGCGAAAUAGAAACUGAACUGAAAAAGAAAAAGAAAGAAGAGGAAGGUAAAAAAUACGUUGCAAAAGUGUUUGAAAAUCCGAUCAAAGUGAAAAAACCUAAGAAGAAAUCGGAAACAACUGAUACAACAAAAAAUGAUGAAAAUAAAAAAAUUGGAACAUUUACAAAAAAAUCCAACAGCAUUGGUGCUACAAUAGAAAAUAGUGAAAAUAAAAAAAAUCAAACUAAUAAAAUAAAAUCUAAUGAUGUUUCACGAAAAAGUAACGAAAACCAGCAUAAUAUGGAAAAAAAUGAAUUAAAAGAAAAAUCUAAAGCAAAAUCUAAUAUGGAAACAAAAGCAUCACCUAAGAAAUCAAAAGGUAAUGAUGAAUCGAAUUCGAAAAAGAUUUCGUUAAAAUUAGAAAAGCAAAGUGAGGAUAAAACAGCCCUAAAAUCAAAAACAAAUAAUGUUACUUUAUCAACACCAUUAAUAAAAAAAUUAGCGGAUAAGAAAAAGAAAAUUGAUAAAAAACAAAAGAAUAAAACAAUAGGAGAAUUAAAGAAAAAUGUUAAAAAAGAUAUCAUGGCAAAGAAGAAGAAUUCUUUGAAAAAAUCAAAAAAAUAAAUGUACAUGUAACAAUUAUUAAUAAUUAUUAUUUGAUUUUAGAAAAAAAAAAACAUUCUUUUAAUUUUGUGAAGAUGCUUCUUAUUAUACAAAAUAGGUUUUUA